UCGCUAAAGAGGGUGAGACAUUGACUUAUUUGAUUUUGAACUUAUUCAGCCAAAGCUUGUCUUGUGUUUUAUUUGAACUUAUUUAUUAAACAAUCAUCUUGCCCAUCUCACCUAGAGAUGACUCUAGGUGGCUUACAACUAAUAAAACACUGGUAUGAAACUUUACAAUAAUAAAUAAUAGGACCUAAAAUUGUUUAAAAAUCACAAGGCUGGAGAAGAAGGAAGGAAGAUGUACAUUGUCUUGAUUGAAUGAAAUCCACUGAAGUCAAUGCCUAAGAAUCAACUGAGUUUGGAGUUUUACAUUAUCUUUGUAUAAUCUAUAUUCAGUUUACUACCCUUUAUGCCCUCAUUUUCAUUUUUAACAUGUUCUUAGAAGCCAGGGCUUUGUAAAUGUUCAAGAUGAACAUUCUCUCAAAAGGCAUUUUCAUUCGCUUUCUAAACCAAAGUCACUAACUUUGAUUUGUUUAAAUGAUUAAAAAGCUUCAACUUAUGCAAAGCCUUUUUCUCCAGGCAUUCUUUGGCUCUAUCAUUUUAAUCACUUCAGACAGAAGGAACUUGAUUGAAUUUGGAUACUUUCAUCUGAAUUAAUUUGACUCUAAAAAGAAAACAAAGAAACCAAAACUUUGAAUCUGAUCAGACCUUACAUAUGAAUACCGAAGGAAUAUCUUAAAAUUCUAGAUGCAUUCUCAAAUAUCUCCAAAUCCAAGAAAUAUAACAAUGCCUUAAGGUCUAAGGUUUACUACUCUGAAAUUAAAAAUAAGUAAGAUAAUUGGCAAAUCAAAAUCUAAUGGUGUUAUUCAAAAUGUUGUAUGAUCAAGAUUUACUGUAAUGUUCAAUUAAAGUUGAUCAGUUAGUUUUCAAAAUAUUUCAAGCUAAGUAGGGUUUCCAUUAAUUUUUCUUUGCUUUUUUAAGAUUAUUGUAAUUAAGAAUGGAUAAUGACACAUCUGUGUUUCUUCUUUUGGAUUUCUCAAAACUUUGGGAGGUACAGAUUAUUUACUUAUCUUUAUUCCUGAUACUUUAUUUAACAACAUUAACUGGGAACCUUCUUAUUAUCAUUGCUGUUGUCUUUGACCACCAUCUUCACACUCCCAUGUAUUUCUUCAUGAUGAAUUUAGCUAUUCAAGACAUUGGUUCAGUUUCAGUCAUUAUCCCUAAGACUAUUUUAAAUUUUCUUACAAAUAUAAGAUACAUUUCUUAUUCUGGGUGUGUUUCUCAGGUUCUUUUGUUUUUCUUUUUCUUGGCCUGUGAUGUUUCACUCCUUACUAUUAUGGCAUAUGAUCGAUAUAUUGCCAUUUGUAAUCCUUUACAAUAUGAAAUGAUAAUGAACAAAAAAGCCUGUACCAAAAUGGUUGGCAGUGCAUGGAUUGCCAGCUUUCUCAAUGCCACAUUACACACUACUGCAACAUUCACUCUUCCUUUCUGCUCUAACAUCAUCAAUCAGUUCUAUUGUGAAAUCCCAUAUUUACUUAAGAUUGCUUGCCCUGGUUUAUAUGUAACUGAAAUUGGAAUUAUAAUGUUCAGUUCUACUUUAGGAUUUGGUUGUUUUAUUUUUGUAAUUGUUACUUAUGUGCACAUCUUCUCUGCUGUGCUGAAAAUUCCUUCUACACAAGGAAGGAGAAAGGCCUUCUCUACUUGUUUGCCACACCUUAUAGUCUUCUCCCUCUUUUUGUUUACUGCUUGCUUUGCUUACCUAAGAGACAUAUCUGACAAUCCAUCUCAUCUUGACUUCCUAAUUACAAUUAUGUAUUCCAUUAUUCCAUCCAUGUUGAAUCCAGUAAUCUACAGCAUGAGAAACAAGAUGAUCAAAGCUGCUCUUUCAAGGUUUUUUGAUCCAAGAUUUAUUUCUUUUUAAAGAAGCAUCAAGUGUUCAUUUGCCAGAAUUUUAAAAAAAAUCUGUAAGAAAGAGAAAAAAACAAACACAGCAUAUAAAACAUUAACACAAAUGUUAUCUUAUAUUAGAAAACAUAAUUGUUCAUUUCUAUAACUAAACAUACUGUAUAUCUAUUUAACAUAUCCAGACAUAUCUCUUUUUGCUGUCACCCUGAUUUCUAGUGACUACAUGAAAACUUUUAAUCUGGAGGAUGAAACCCUCUUCCCUGUCUGUCUGUCUGUCUGUCUGUCUGUCUGUCUGUCUGUCUGUCUGUCUAUCUAUCUAUCUAUCUAUCUAUCUAUCUAUCUAUCUAUCUAUCUAUCUAUCUAUCUAUCUAUCCAUCUAUCUAUCUAUCUAUCAUCUAUCUUGUAUCAAGAGAGAAGUGUAUAUAUUGAGAAAAAGGAUGCAGAAGACAAUUGUAAUACAGAAGACAAUUGUAUUUCAAGUUUAGUGACAUAUUUUUAUUUUGCCUUCAAAUUAAGAAAACUUUGCAUAUUUAGAGUUUUUUCCAGGUUAACUUGCUUGCUUUCUUAUUUGCUAAAUAAAGAAGAAAUGGGGGGGGGGAUCUUCCCAUAGCUGCAAACCUGUGAAUUUCUCAGAAUUUUGCUUCAGGUCAGGUCUUGCAAUCUCAUGAUUAUAGUGGGAUCAUGAAGACAUGGUGCCAGGUUUUAAAUUUGUUGCUUAUUAGGAGUUUCUGCACAGAACCUGGCAUUAGGUACUGUGGAAAUUGGCCACCCUUUGUUUACUAAGGAGCUCCUGAGAGCUUGCAAUUGAUUUGGAUAUUAUUGUGCUUAUUAUGUAUGCUUUGUACAUUAUAUUAUUGUGCUUAUUAUGUAUGCUUUGUACAUUAUAUUAUUGUGCUUAUUAUGUAUGCU